UCCAGGCACCAGGUGGGAUGCAGAACUCCCAGGCGCCUACCUCCCCGGGGCCUCCCUGGCGGGUUGGGCCGCGACAGGCUGGGCUGCCCCGGGGUCCUUUGGCGCCCCCGCCACAGUGCUCAGGAAACAUGACAUCAGCGCCCCGCUGGUGCUGUGUGCAAAGCUUUCUGAUGGUUGGUGUUGCUCCGGGACACGCCUUCUCGGGAGGAGAACAAAAACAAAGCGGAGGGCCUGAGCGGCACCCGACCAACGGGCCACUUGAGAGAGCUCCCUCCAGCCGGUCCUUGGAGCCAGCCGCCGCCGCAGCCGUCAGGAUGCCAAACUGGGGAGGAGGCAAAAAAUGUGGCGUAUGCCAAAAGACGGUUUAUUUUGCUGAAGAGGUUCAAUGUGAAGGCAACAGCUUCCACAAGUCCUGCUUCCUGUGCAUGGUUUGCAAGAAGAACCUGGAUAGUACUACUGUGGCUGUUCAUGGUGAAGAGAUUUACUGCAAGUCCUGCUAUGGCAAGAAGUAUGGUCCAAAGGGCUAUGGAUAUGGUCAGGGAGCUGGAACACUGAGCACCGAUAAAGGGGAGUCGCUGGGCAUCAAGCAUGAAGAGACCCCUGGGCACAGGCCCACGACCAACCCUAACGCAUCCAAAUUUGCCCAGAAGAUAGGAGGUUCUGAAAGCUGCCCUCGGUGUGGACAAGCAGUCUAUGCUGCGGAAAAAGUGAUUGGAGCUGGGAAGUCCUGGCACAAGUCUUGCUUCCGGUGUGCCAAGUGUGGCAAAGGCCUGGAGUCCACUACCUUGGCAGACAAGGAUGGGGAAAUCUACUGCAAAGGAUGUUACGCCAAAAACUUUGGGCCCAAAGGAUUUGGCUUUGGCCAAGGAGCUGGGGCUUUGGUCCAUUCGGAGUGAAGCAGUUGCCAGUGUUCCCAUUUCCUUUGCUCACCUCUGGUGCCUCACCAAUGCCAACUCCAGCCCUUGUCUAUGUAGACCAGGCUAGAUAAAGAAGCUACCUGCUUCUCUCUCUCUCUCUGUCUCUCUUUUUUUCCCACCUCUCUUUCUCUCUCUCUCUCUCUCUCUCUCUCUCUCUCUUCUGCCACUUAUACUAGCAUCUAUAAUCACAGGUUUUGGUUUUGUGCAGUAUGGGUUUUUGCUUGGGAUACUGGGCUUCUAGGGCCCACCUUCUUGCUCACCUUACCUAGUUGAUACCAUUUCUAGUGUGAACAUUCUAAAGGACUUCUAGUACUAAUGCUUUUCCAAGAAGUGAUCCUGCAUCCUCGCCCCUAGCUCUCCAGAAUUUUUGUCUUUUAGCCCCCUCACUCCAUCUGCUAACUGCAUAGAUUGGCCAAAGGAUCCGAAACAAUUUCCUGAAUCCCAGAAAACUAUACUAGCCAGAAGAGAAUGUGGGAAGGGAAGACAAAGGAAGGGAUAAGGAUGAAGAAUAUAUAUAAAAGCCUUCCCAGGAUUUGGUUUGGGGCACAUAGGGGAAAGGAGGAGGUAAGAGGCAUAAGAAGAAGGGCAUCAAUAUUCAGACCAUCACUUGGAUUCAUCCCACUCCCAGAUGCCUUCAGACAAGGGGAUGGUGGCAAUUUCCACAGGAUAGAACCUUGAAGUUUUGUGUUCCCACAAAGGCUUGGAAUGGGCAACACCCUUGCUCACGUGGGCACACUCUCUGAGUGUGCAUGUACACAUUUAAACACUGCUUGACUGCACACAUUCAAACAUUAUAUUUGACCUUCGAGGACAACAAUGGAUUUGAAUGCUCAGUACUGUUUGCUUGAGGCCUCUUUGUUCUUGCCGGCAGUCUGUACAGUGCCCACGUUACUCCUGUUAGGAGGUGCUGGGAAUGGUCUCUGCUAGCCACAGGCCUAGAGCACUGGGAUCAGGCCCAUAUCACCUCCAGUCUGGAGCUCCCUCAAAGGCAGGGUCAGUUUUGGAAUCCCCCAGUGGUCCACACCAUUGCUUUGAUGGCAUAAGGAGUUCUGGGCUAAACUAGACUCCUGAACAUCAGUCAGUGAUCCAAACCUCAGGGAACUCAAAGCUAACUCUCAUCAGGGGGAAUCUUCAGGCUAGAGAUUUUGGUGGCCAGCCUAGAGCCCUAACCCUUUCCUAGCUCCUCUCCAGGGGUUCUUCAGUCUAUUCUCCACUCUGUAGAAAUUUCCAAAACUUGUAAGGGGAAGAUUUUGAUGUAGUUUAGAGAUUCCAAACCACUUAGACAUUUUUCUAUCUAUCCCAACCUACCUCUUAACCAUCCUGCAAUGAUCUUUUUUUAGGGUCUCCUAGCUGGGCUCAUAUUCUCUUCCUUCCACCAUUACCUUUUCCCUUCCCUCAAUCCUUCUUUCUCUAAGUCCCUUUUUUGCUCCAACCACCCCUAUCACUGCUAGACCCUGAGGGAAGAAGCAGUCCUUGGGAGAGUGUGAGACUGGAUCUUGACCAGGGAAGUAGGAGACCUUGGAAGAACCAUCGGGCUAGGACAAAUUUAUUCUGAGGGAUACAUCUGUGAUAUCUGCCAUUGGAAAGGACAAUGUAUUUAAGCUAAUUUCUUAUGUAAUCAAUAAAGCUGAUAAAAAACAAACAAA